GAAAAGGGAAAGGCAAAGAAACCAUCAGAGGUGGAAGAGCCAGAAGAGCAAGCGCAGCCUGUGGAGCAUGAGCGUCACUACACCGAGACAGAGCAGAAGGUGGAGGCAGCUGAGCAUGACACAGAGGAUGAAGACAAGGGCAAGAGUGACAAGGCGGAGGAAAAGAAGCAGGACUGGUGUUUUUGA